AUGGCAUCUUCCUCGGCUGCGGAGCUCGAGCGGCUUCAGGCGCUAACAUUUCAGCGCCUGCAUCCACAUACUUACCUUGAGCGUCUACUAGCCGAGGGUGUGCGAUCCGACGGAAGACUGCCGCAUGAGUGGCGGGACAUAUCUGUAAAUGUUGGUUCUAUAUCCACCGCCGAUGGAUCUUCCCUUGUCCGCAUAGGCGACACAACGAUUGUAUGUGGUGUGAAGGCGGAAAUUGCGCAAACCGAACUGGAUGCACCGAAUCGCGGCUUUCUCGUACCCAACCUUGAUCUUCCCGCCAUGAGCUCUCCGAAGUUCAAGCCUGGACCGCCUUCUGAGGAAGCUCAGAUCAUCUCGUCUAGACUCUGUGAAGUGCUUUUAGCUGCCGACGUUGUAUCGCUCGAAUCUCUCUGCAUAUACCCCGGCAAGGCAGCUUGGGUACUAUACGUGGAUGCCACCUGCAUCAACUACGACGGGAACGCCUUCGACGCAGCGCUUAUAGCCAUGGUUGCCGCCCUAAAAAAUACUCGAUUAUCAAGGGCCACUUAUGACGAAGAUGUGGGGAGAAUUACAUGUUCCCGCGCCAUUCAAGAACCGUUGCACCUGGGUAGGCUGCCUGCCGCCUAUUCUGUGGGCAUCUUUGAUUCUACCACCCUUCUCGUCGACCCUACUUCCUUCGAAGAACCGCUCGUGGAUGCAACCAAUACAGUCGUUCUUGACGAGAAGCACGAGCUACUAUCAGUAUCGUCCAAUGGCUUUACAGCGCUCUCUAAUCAGGACCAUGUUCGAAACAGUAUACAGCUAGCUAAGCAGCAGCAUGCGCUUGUUGUCGAUGCACUGUAUAGCAGUUAA